GUUUACAACAGUUGCCUCUGAGGGCCAUGUACUUUCGUCUCACUGAGAAAAAAUAAAAGAUAACAUGUCUCCACUCUCCGCUCCCCAAAGAAAUACCAUACAUGAUGUAAUGAAGAAAGAGAAUCACACUUUGGUGAGUGAGUUUGUUUUUCAAGGGUUCUCCAGCUUCCAGGAACACCAGCUCACACUCUUUGUUGUGUUCCUCGCACUGUAUAUAUUAACCCUGGCAGGCAAUGUCAUCAUUGUGACUAUAAUCAGCCUUGAUCGUCACCUCCACACCCCCAUGUACUUCUUCCUCUGUAUACUGUCAGCUUCAGAGACAGUGUACACACUUGUCAUUAUACCAAGGAUGCUCUGUAAUCUCAGGGGUGCAAGUCAGUCCAUCUCCCUGGCUGACUGUGCCACUCAAAUGUUCUUUUUCAUCACUUUGGCAAUUAACAACUGCUUCCUGCUCACAGCAAUGGGGUAUGACCGCUAUGUGGCCAUAUGCAAUCCCCUGAGAUACACAAUUAUCAUGAGCAAGAGGGUGUGCUUCCAGCUGGUGUGGGGGUCCUGCAGCAUUGGCCUAAUUGUAGCAAUGACACAGGUGUCAGCUGUGUUCAGACUGCCCUUCUGUGCCUCUAAGGUGGCCCACUUCUUCUGUGACAUCCGACCUGUAAUGAAACUCUCCUGCAUUGACACCACUGUUAAUGAGAUCUUGACUUUAAUCAUCAGUGUGCUGGUGAUCUUGAUUCCCAUGGGCUUGGUUUUCAUUUCCUACAUCCUCAUCAUCUCCACCAUACUCAAGAUAGCCUCUGCUGAGGGCAGAAAGAAGGCCUUUGCCACCUGUGCUUCUCAUAUCACGGUGGUCAUUGUCCAUUAUGGCUGUGCUUCCAUUGCCUACCUUAAGCCCAAGUCAGAGAACACCAGGGAUGAGGACCAGCUGAUCUCUGUGACCUAUACUGUCAUCACGCCCCUCCUGAACCCAGUGGUCUACACCCUGAGAAACAAAGAGGUCAAGGAUGCUCUGUGCAGGGCUAUUGGCCGAAGACUCUCCUGA